CCUCCGCAGUCCGCUUCGCGUCUGUCAAAUUGAACUUGUAAAAUUACCGAUUUAUUUCUUGUUUUCGAAUUUAAUUUUUUUGGUAAAAUUGAAGAAAUCUUUUAAAACAUGGAGGUCAAAGAAUGCAACGACCUCGCGGAAGAGAAUCAGUUUAUUGUGGACGAUGUGAGCAAAAUUAUCAAAGAAGCUAUCGAAAAUUCUAUUGGAGGUACCGCCUAUCAACAUAAUAAAGUGAAUCAGUGGACAUCGGCAGUUGUUGAAUCUUGCUUGGGACAAUUGACGAAACUUCAAAAACCAUACAAAUAUAUAGUGACAUGCACAAUUAUGCAGAAGAAUGGAGCAGGCUUACACACGGCGUCAUCUUGCUUCUGGGACAACAACACUGACGGCUCCUGCACGGUCCGCUGGGAGAACAAAACUAUGUACUGCAUUGUCUCUGUCUUUGGUUUAAGCAUAUAAACUCUCUUUGGUGAUACAUUGUCUGUGCACUUGCAUAUUAUGCAAAUCAAAAGUAAGAAAUGCUUAUACGAAUAAACAUUUUCUCCUUGCUACACUAAAACUAUGUAUGGAAUGAUUGGGAAUUGUGAAAAGAGCAAUAGAAAUGAUGCUAUAGGAUGACAGUUUUAAAUAGUGAUGAUUACAAAAUGAUUACCUAU